ACCACUGUUCUAUAACAUGGAACGGCUGGGGGUCCCAGAGGAGAGGUUAGACUACCACUGUUCUAUAACAUGGAACGGCUGGAGGUCCCAGAGGAGAGGUUAGACUACCACUGUUCUAUAACAUGGAACGGCUGGGGGUCCCAGAGGAGAGGUUAGACUACCACUGUUCUAUAACAUGGAACGGCUGGGGGUCCCAGAGGAGAGGUUAGACUACCACUGUUCUAUAACAUGGAACGGCUGGGGGUCCCAGAGGUUAGACUACCACUGUUCUAUAACAUGGAACGGCUGGAGGUCCCAGAGGUUAGACUACCACUGUUCUAUAACAUGGAACGGCUGGGGGUCCCAGAGGUUAGACUACCACUGUUCUAUAACAUGGAACGGCUGGAGGUCCCAGAGGAGAGGUUAGACUACCACUGUUCUAUAACAUGGAACGGCUGGAGGUCCCAGAGGAGAGGUUAGACUACCACUGUUCUAUAACAUGGAACGGCUGGAGGUCCCAGAGGUUAGACUACCACUGUUCUAUAACAUGGAACGGCUGGGGGUCCCAGAGGAGAGGUUAGACUACCACUGUUCUAUAACAUGGAACGGCUGGGGGUCCCAGAGGUUAGACUACCACUGUUCUAUAACAUGGAACGGCUGGAGGUCCCAGAGGAGAGGUAAGACUACCACUGUUCUAUAACAUGCAAUACAACAUGCUAACACACACACACACACACACACACGCACACACACACACACACACACGCACACACACACAUCCUAACGUCUCUCUAUGCUGUGCUGUGAUUGGUCAGUCUCCAUGGGACAGCCGGCGCGCCAGCUGGUCUUCUAUUGGCCGAGGUCCCAGCCUACAGCAGAGGAGGAGCCAAUCAAGUGAGAGGGAUUCUCUGAUGUCAGAGGGGGCGGGGUCAGAAUGGUCCAAUCCCAGCUGGGGGUGGAGCAGGGAGGACUCUUUCGACGUCCUGGACCAAUCAGAGUAUCUGACCGUGCCGAUGCUCCGCCCACCUGACUGUAACGGGAAGACCUUUCACCUCCCUGACGCCGGGACCCUACGUUACUAUAGCGACCACGACGAGGAGGAGGAGGAGGACGCUGAAGAGAGUGUGUGUUUACGGGUGAAGCUGUUCCUGCAGCCCUAUAAGCCCCAGUGGUGUAGAGAUCAUGAGGACUGGGCUCUCUACCUGUUCUCCCCAUGUAACAGGUUUCGUCAGUGGUGUCAGAGAGUGAUAACUCACAAGAUGUUUGAUCACAUAAUCCUCCUCUUCAUCUUCCUCAACUGCAUCACCAUCGCUCUGGAGAGACCAGACAUACAGGCACACAGUACAGAGAGAGUGUUCCUCAGUGUGUCCAACCACAUCUUCACUGUGAUCUUCAUAGCAGAGAUGACCGUUAAGGUGGUAGCCCAGGGUCUGUACUCAGGUGACGCUGUCUAUCUGAAGAGCAGCUGGAAUGUUCUGGAUGGAAUGUUGGUGUUUGUGUCUCUGCUGGACAUUCUGGUUUCCGUGGCAUCCGCCGGCGGUAACCGUAUCCUAGGAAUCCUCAGAGUCCUGAGACUCCUUCGCACCCUCCGACCCCUCAGGGUGAUCAGUCGAGCCCCAGGGCUGAAGCUGGUAGUAGAGACUCUGAUCACGUCUCUGAGACCGAUCGGAAACAUUGUCCUCAUCUGCUGCGGCUUCUUCAUCGUGUUUGGAAUCCUGGGAGUACAGCUUUUCAAGGGUAAGUUCUUCCACUGUGAGGGCGUGGACGUGAGGAACGUGACCAAUAGGAGUGACUGUCUCCGUGCCGGCCACCGGUGGACACGGCGCAAAUACAACUUCGAUAACCUGGGACAGGCGUUGAUGUCUCUGUUUGUGCUGUCCUCUAAAGACGGUUGGGUCAGCAUCAUGUAUGACGGACUGGACGCCGUGGGGGUAGACCAGCAGCCGGUGAGGAACCACAACCCGUGGAUGCUCCUGUUCUUCAUCUCCUUCCUCCUCAUCGUCAGUUUCUUCGUCCUCAACAUGUUCGUGGGCGUUGUCGUGGAGAACUUCCACAAGUGUCGUCAGGACCAGGAGGAAGAGGAGGCCAAGGCCCGGGAGGAGAAGAGAGCGAAGAGAGCAGAGAAGAGGAGGAGGAAGGCCCAGGAGAGACCCUACUAUGCGGACUACUCCCCGGUGCGUCUCACCAUCCACACGUUGUGCACCAGCCACUACCUAGACCUCUUCAUCACCGUCAUCAUCGCUACCAACGUCCUCACCAUGAGCAUGGAGCACUACAACCAGCCGCAGUAUCUGGAGGAGGGGUUAAAGUACUGUAACUACAUCUUCACUCUGGUGUUUGUUGUCGAGACGGUCCUCAAACUCAUCGCCUUCGGGCUUAGACGCUUCUUCAGGGAGAGGUGGAACCAGCUGGACCUGGCCAUUGUGUUGUUGUCCGUCAUGGGCAUCACUCUGGAGGAAAUCGACCUCAACGCAUCACUGCCCAUCAACCCUACCAUCAUACGCAUCAUGAGAGUACUGAGGAUCGCUAGAGUGUUGAAGCUGUUGAAGAUGGCAACAGGGAUGAGAGCUCUCCUGGACACUGUAGUACAGGCCCUGCCUCAGGUGGGGAAUCUGGGUCUCCUCUUCAUGUUGCUGUUCUUCAUCUAUGCAGCGCUGGGAGUGGAGCUGUUUGGGAAACUGGAGUGUUCCGAGGAGAACCCUUGUGAGGGUCUGAGUCGUCACGCCACGUUCCAGAACUUUGGCAUGGCGUUCCUCACCCUGUUCCGCGUUUCCACCGGCGACAACUGGAACGGAAUUAUGAAGGACACGCUGCGGGAGUGUCGUCCAGAGGACCGCUCCUGUCUGACCUACCUUCCUCUGGUUUCUCCGGUCUACUUCGUGACCUUCGUCCUGACGGCCCAGUUCGUGCUGGUCAACGUGGUGGUGGCGGUGUUGAUGAAACACCUGGACGAGAGCAACAAGGAGGCGCAGGAGGAGGCCGAGGAGGAGGCCAAGGAGGAGGAGGCGCGUCAGGAGGAGGCCAGGCAACAGGAGGCCAGGCAAGAGGAGGCACGCCAGGAGGCCAUCUGUCCCUUUAGCAACGCCGCAGUGGGCGGGGUGGAAUCAUCUGGACAGGUUGUGGAGGAAAAGCGUUGUCGUGGUAGCCUGCUGACAGUGGGCCGGCCGUCUCUGUCUCGUAUGAUGUCCCUGCCUAGCGACAGCUACAUGCUCCGCCCCUUACAGCCUCUCGGACACACCCGCUACCCUCCCAUUGGCCACGACACCUACAAGGGAUGCGGUUUCUCAGGUUCUGUCUACUCCAUGGGUUCUAGCGGAGCAGGAUCCCUACUGCAGGUCCCGGGGGCGUUACCAUCUGGAAGCCACGCCUCCCUCAGCUCCAGGGGUUCCAGCUGCAGACCCACAGUCCGGCUCAGUCCCUCCCACAGCGUAGACAGACACUCCCUCUCCAUGGCGAGACACACCCCCAGGAGGCCUGGCCACGUUGACAGCAGACGGGCCUCUUAUAAACAUAGCCCAUCCCACAGUAUGGACACACAUAGUUACAGACUCAGCCCUGCUCAGAGCAUCGACAGAGACUCCUCCCGUUACCUCGAUAGACGGGCCUCUUAUAAACAUAGCCCCUCCCACAGCAUGGACAGUAGACACACCCCUUAUAUCCACAGCCCCUCCCACAGCAUGGACAGUAGACACACCCCUUAUAUCCACAGCCCCUCCCACAGCAUGGACAGUAGACACACCCCUCGUAUGGAUAGACACACCCCUUAUAUCCACAGCCCCUCCCACAGCAUGGACAGUAGACAAACCCCUUAUAUCCACAGCCCCUCCCACAGCAUGGACAGUAGACACACCCCUUAUAUCAGUAGCCCCUCCCACAGCAUGGACAGACAGGGCUCUUAUAGGGUUAGCCCCUCCCACAGCAUGGACAGACAGGGCUCAUAUAGGCUUAGCCCCUCCCACAGCAUGGACAGACAGCCCGGACCCAGCUCCUCCCUCAGUGUGAGAAGACAGCUGAGGAGACAGGAGGCGGUGCGUUGUGACUCUGUGGACCUGACCUGCAGUUCCACCGACGAUCUGCGGGGGGGCUCUGUCGAUGGCACCCACCUCACCGUACCCAGCAUGCACCUCUCACCGCUACCCAGCCUGCCCCCUGGUGGCAACACACACCUGGACGUACGCCACCCCUCCUCGCCGUCCCGCUCCCCGCGAGGACGCACCUCCAGCGCACACACACUGCGUCACACACACACCGUACACACCCUGCGUCACACACACAGUCAGAGGAUUAUAUCUACCAGAGGACACAGUAGGAGCCAUAGUGAUAGUGACUCCCAGCGGCCACCCAGCCCUCAGAUCUCCACCCCUCAGACGACAGACGACCGACAGACACUCCAGAGGCCUGAGAUACCACAGACCCCAAGCCCCAGCUCCAGGCCCAUCUCUCUCUGCUCUGGAGGUCCCAGCCUGUCCCUCUCCUCCCCCUGUACACCCUCAACCCCCAGCCCCAACCUCACCAUCUCUACUCCCUCCCCUCCCCAGAGCCCUCAGACCAGCUUCGACCCAAACCAGAGUCCCAGUUCCAGCCCUGGUCCAUUUCCCCCGACCCUCGGUUCCAGUCCUAGCCGUCUCCCCACUUCCUUUCUAGAUGAGACAGAUGAUGAAAUCUGUCAUAUCACACACCAGGCGUCCAGUCCCCCACACACACCUAAACACACACACCACACAUCCAGCCCGCCACACACACCUAAACACACACACCACACAUCCUGCCUCCCACACACACCUGAACACACACACCACACGCCUAGGCCCCCACACACACCUGAACACACACACCACACGCCUAGGCCCCCACACACACCCCGCUCCCCCCACCCCUACCUGUCCCUCCACGCCUGCCUCUCAUUUGAAGAGGACCACAGGAGCCGGUAUCUGAGCAGCCAAUCGGCAUCUCCCGUUCGAGAGUGGACCAGGAAGCAGAGGAUGAGCCCGCCCUGCAUCUCCGUAGCCCCACCUGUUGAAGCCCAGGUUUCCACGGUGACCCAGUCGACGGACAACAGCAUGCAUCUGAGGAGGCGGACCCUGUCGGUUGACUCCGCCUCUCAGAGAGACUCAUUGGACAUCGACCCAGCGGAGACACGCCUUUCUGUCCCAUUUCUCCAAUUGGACUCCAGCUUUAUAAGCAUCACGGUGGAUUCUGACCAAUCAGGAUGCUCGUUGUUGACGGACAGCGACUCAACCGUCGAGGGGGAGGGGGAGGGGAGAGAAGGGGGAGGAGCUCGCAACUCUCAGUCUCUGCUGGGAUUGGUUCCCAACCCUCUCAGAAGGAGGAGCUUAGUGCGCAUGCUCAGCACACGGGAAGGAGAGGGGGAGGAGACUCAACCCUGACCUCUGACCUCUAAGAAAUUGUCUCCAACCCUCCUCCUAGAGAGACUCUGGUGAGGCAGCAGGGUUUUAGUCCAGCCCUGUUAGAACAGGUCUGAUUCAGCCAAUCAGCUGUUCAUAAGGACGUCCCUGACCUCUGACCCCCAGAAAGACUGCUGUGCUGUAGCCCCUCCCCCCUGAGGAGCGGUAGCCCCUCCCCCCCCUGAAGUCAGAGUGUGACAUCAUGGUAUGGAGUGAUAUGCAAUAGGACCGCCCACCUUCUCCCUCCCUCACCCACCCAUUGGUGGAAACUGUGAGCGGUUGACCUGUUUACAUACUGUGUCUCUGUUAGGAGACGAUGUGUGUGACAUCGUCAAAACCACCGGCACUGAACCUUAUACCUGCCGUUGGUCGACCUUUAACCUUAUACCUGCCGUUGGUCGACCUUUAACCUUAUACCUGCCGUUGGUCGACCUUUAACUAUGUCACCUUUAAUCACCGUUGAGCUUUCACCCGGCGACAGCCCUCUCGUCGCUGCAGGUGGCGUCGGAGUGACGUCACGUCCCUUCCUUUCUCCCCGGAACACCCGGGAGGACCUUUGACCUUUCACCUUUUAUGACCUUUAAACACGAAGAAGUUGAUUAUCACUAGAUCUAGCGACAUCACCUUUAACCUUCGACCUUUAUCUGAUGUUUUGCCUGUUCCUUAUUGUAGAGCUUCUGUCAGGUCCUGUUUUAGUCCAGACACUUCUCCUGUCUCCAUAGUUACUACCGGACCCAUAGCUAGAGAAACGUGUUGUUAAAUAGAUAUAUGACUGUGGUUACUGUGGUUACCGUAAAUAACUAACUAACUGACAGGUUAGAAACUAUGUCACUAUAACUUAUAUCUACUAGAACUACUCUCUACCUCUCUCUCUCUCUCUCUCUCUCUCUCUCUCUCUCUCUCUCUGUCUCUCUC